UUUUUAUUUUGGUACGAGCGAACGAAGAAAAGCUCAGUAGAACAAGGAACUAGCUUGAUUAAUUUUUCCAGUUGAAAGCAGUUCACAACGUGGGGAUUAGCGGGAAAAGAAACAGAUUUUAGUAAGGGAAAAAAGUUAAAAAGUAUAUAUAAUUCAGACUUAUGUUAUGUCAUAUUUGUUAAAAAAUUCUUAGACAAUUGAAGAAAGAAAAAGGAGGGCGAAAUACUCAAUUACAUUUAUCAGAAAUCAACUUUUUUGUUUGUAAACAAAACACACAACGCUCCAAACAUGACCGUAACCAGUAAAAUUCUCAAAGAAGGUGAUGAAGAUCCGGAGGUUAAAAUAGAACUUAAAAAGGAAAUAACACUUCUCAAUGGAGUAUCUAUUAUAGUAGGUAUCAUAAUAGGAUCAGGAAUAUUUGUAUCCCCUGUUGGAAUACUCAAAGAAGUGGAUUCUAUAGGACUUUCAUUUGUAAUGUGGAUUGUUUGUGGACUUUAUAAUGCUCUUUGUGCUGUAUGCUAUGCAGAAUUAGGCACAACUAUACCAGAAUCUGGUGGAGAAUACAUUUACAUUUAUAGAGCAUUUGGAGAGGUACCAGCAUUUUGUUGUUUAUGGAUCAAUUUUAUUCUGAUUUGUCCAGUUGGAAUAGCAGCAUCAGCUCUGAUAUUUUCUAUGUACAUACUACAACCACUUUUCCCUGAUUGUAACAUACCUGAUAAUGGGUUAGCUCUUCUGGCUACAUCAAUUUUCACUUUAUUAGUAGCCAUUAAUUGUUGGAAUACCAAAUGGGCCACAAAAAUACAAGUUGUCAUUACCGCCAGCAAACUUAUAGCCUUGCUAACAGUCAUUGUUAUAGGCUUCUACUAUAUCAUAGGAUUAGGUGAAACUGAGAAUUUUAAGAAUCCGUUUGAAGGAAGUGAUUUCAGUGCAGGAGCUAUAGCUAUAUCAUUCUAUUCUGGAUUCUGGGCUUACAGUGGAUGGAGUUACUUAAACUUUUUAGUAGGAGAACUUGUAGAUCCACACAGAAAUCUCCCUCGAGCCAUUUUGAUUUCCAUGGUGAUAGUUAUAGUUACCUAUUUAAUCGCCAAUGUAGCUUAUGUAGCCGUUCUGACACCGGCACAGAUGUUGUCAUCUCCCGCUGUAGCUGUGACCUUUGGAGAGCAUACGAUGGGAGUUAUGGCCUGGUUAAUGCCUGUGUUGAUUGCCAUAUCUGUAUGUGGAACCAUGAAUGGAUGUGCACUUGGUUUCUCUAGACUAUUCUAUGUUGGGUCGACAAAAGGACAGUUGCCAGCCUUUAUGGGGAUGAUACAACAAAAAAGAUUAACACCUUCUCCAUCCCUUCUAGUCAUUUUGAUCAUGACUUUGAUCUACACAUCGACAGGGGAUAUAUUUUUCCUAAUUGAGAUGGAAGGAUUUGGUUUUGCCUCUGUAUUAACAAUGGUGUUCGCUGGACAGGUUUACCUCAGGUACAAAGAACCUGAUUUACCAAGACCAAUCAGGCUGCCUAUUUUGUUGCCAAUCAUUCUAUGUAUCAUCAGUUUCCUGAUAGUUGCCUUGACAUUCUACCAGAAAACAAGAGAAAGUUUAAUGGCACUUGGAUUUGUAGCGUUUGGACUGGUUAUGUACAUCGUAUGUGUUGUAUGGAAAAAUAAACCCAAAUUUAUACAGCAAAAAAUGUAUGCCAUCAACACAUUGAUACAGAAAUGUUUGAUAGUUUUACCUGUUGAUAAUCCUGAUUCAGUAGACUGGGAUUAAGGAAUGACAGACAGACAGGUGCUAAAGGGGAGAUAAUUUAUACUGUUCAUCAACAAUGUAGAUUUGAAAGGAAUAUUAACCUGAAAGAUUCAACAAACUGGUUGUUUAUCCAACAAAAAACAUUUUAGGUUGAUUUCUUAGAAGUUUAUAUAGACUAUUGUUAGAAUUAACAUUGCAGCUUUGCAGUUAGUACAUUUAUUUGUUUCCAGUUUUGCCAAAUACAUUAUAAAUUGCAGUUCUAUAUUUUUAAUUAGAAUCAUUUAUUCAUGCUCCAGCCACAGAUUUUUGCAGUGGUGUUAUGGUUUUGGUGUUUCUCAUCUUCAUCAUUGUUUAUCUGUUAACACAAUACUUGUUAAUUUUAUUUCUGUACAAGCCAUCAUUUCCUUUAUUAUAAACACAAUAGCCAUGAGCAUAAAAGGCAGCCAAAACUAAGUGAGUCAUUCCAAAAAAUUGACAUCACUGUAAAGGGAUUCAAUUUUUUUUAAAUCUCAGAAAUUAGAAAUUCCUCAUAGUAGACAUUUAUGUUUCUUUUGAAUACCUUAGGAAAAUCACUGCCUGCAUAUUUUUAUUUGAGCUAGCCAAAUUUAAACAGUAUGUGAGACACAAGGGGAGUUAAAACACUAAGUGCAAACCUUGAUAUAUUCAAAUAUUGAACAUUGUAGUCAAAAUUUUUUGAUUCUAUCGAGAUAUUAAAUAUUAAUAUGAAUACACAAUGCUUCUGAAAUACAAGGGGUUAACAAUGGCUUGUAAGCAAAGCGAUUGUUUUAAGCUAGUUGUUGUGUCAAGCAGGAUUUAUGUUCUCUUUGAUUUUGAUAUUCAUCAUAGCCACUCUCCUUUGUGAAUUUGAGUAUUCAUGCUGUAUUAUGUUUAGAAAUUUCUUUGUGGCAUUACUGAUAUGUUUGUAAUUUGAACGUUUGUACCUAUUUUGUCCUGGUACUCAUUGUAUUACUUCUAUUGAUCUCUUGUGAAAAAUUAAUAUUUUACAUAGAAAUGAUUCGAGAAAAAUUAGUGAACAGAUUUAAUGAAAUUCUACAAAUUAGAUUUAAUUACUUAAAAAAAUACUUUCAUUGUAUGUUAUUAACUUAUGACAAAAUCUGCUAUUAUUUUGUUUACGAGAAUAUUUUAUCAUGAUUUACAUAAUUUAUAAAAUUAUUUGCAUAAUAGAUUGAAAUUUUUAAGAUCAAAUUGUUAGAAAACAAAUCUUUUAACUGAACAUGAUUUAUAAUCUAUUAGAUAAUUUCAAUUAUAAUUGUGUUAAUUUUAUCAUCAAAUUAUAAAUUUUAAGUUUAGUAGAAUAAGAUAUUAUUGCGUGCAUUUAUUAUUGCAAUUAUUCAACAAUCAAUGUGUCAAAAAGUUGAUAAUUGUAGUAAAUGUUGCAUACAAAUUAUGCCAUCAAAAUUGAAAAUGUGAUUUACUUUUACAACAUCAAUUUUAUUUCAAUUCCAACAAUAGUAAACCAUUAAUAAAUUUUCUGAGUAAUUAUCUACAUGUAAAUCGUUAUGGUGACUAGAAUUUUUAAUUAAUCCCAAAUUGGCCAGCAUUUAAAAUUAAAUAACAGUAUAGCAUUUCAAAUCUUCAGUGUAGUGGUAAUUUUUGCCACAAUUUUUUGUUUUUUUAUUUAAUGUAUAGUUAGAAAAAUCUAUGUUCAGCAAAAAAGAAUGAGCAAGUAUGGCAGUGCAUUUCAGUUAUUAUUAUAUGAUUGUACAUGUGUACUAAGAAUGUUUUACUUAUAUUAAAAGAUAUUUUAUUAAGUAGACAUUUUAUGAUAUAAUUCCGUUGUUAGUCCACUUUUCCUAAAGUAGAUAUCUCUGUAAAAAGUAAUAUUGUCUAUUUGCCAUUCUGUAAUUGAAACUAUACAAUGUAAUUAUUUAAAUAACAAUGUAUUAGACAAAUGUUGGAAAUUUUGUGUUAUAUUUUUAUACAUAUUUAGGUUUGACCCAGAAAUAAAUGUAUAUAUGAUAGCUUUUUUUACGGAAUAUUCAAAAUUAUGAAUCUUUUACAGAUUUGAGUAUCAUGUAGAUUUCAUACAUUUGUGAUACAGUGUUAAAAUGUUGUCUGUUACAGGGUCGUUCUGUUUUGUUUAUUAACUUAUUUCAGUGUUGACAUUGUACAAUUUGUUAGACUGUUAUAGAUAUGUUAAUUAGAUUUUGUUAAUUUAUAGCUGUCAGUAUGUUAUGUAUGUUUCAUAAAUUAAACUACAUUUUAACAGACAAAAAUUAGAGUUAAUUGUAACAAUGUUCAUAUAUUAAAAUAAAGUAAAUCCUACAUAUAUCAUUCUACAUUUCAAAAUAAAAACCAAUUGUCUUUUCAGUGCACACAAUCUGCUUCAUUUUAUUUGUUAAAUUGUUAUUUUGCUGUGUUUUCUGUAAUACAGGGUUUACAUAUAGGAUAGCAGAUCUGUAUAUGUUUAAAUUCAAGCAUCUCAAUAUAGUAGUUUAUUUUACAAUUGAAGAUCUUUAUUGCUCAAUAUAAUAUUUUUUGCAGAUAUGAAAUAGUAUCAACAUUUUACAGUUAUGUUUUGUAAAUAAGAUCUGUGAAUCAUUGUUUUUUUUCAUAUAUUUUUAGUUCAUUUACAUAGAUUGUAUUAAAAUUUAGAUUAAUAGAAUAUCCAUAAUUAGUCUUACACAGAUUAAAUGAAAAAUAUAGUAUUCAAAAACCUAACACUUUAUUCUUUACAAGUCAUCUAAAUUCUGACACACUCAUAUAUUACUUGAUGUUCUUAACAAUCCUUUAUAUUAUUUGAUGUGAAUGACCACCCAUAUUUUAUUUGUGAAGAUGGAUUUUGAUCUCACUAUAGAACUUUCCAGGAAUAGUCUGAUACCACAUAACCAAUGGACAAUUUUCUAUAUAAGUCUAUAUUGUUAAGAUGUAUCAUGGAUAAGUAAGUUAUAAGGAAACUGCAUAAUAAGUACUCAUUGGUUUCAUUAUUUGUCAUUGUUUAGGAUAAAACAUAGAAUAAAAACGAGAGAAAAUAAAUCUAUGCUUCAAUGGGUAUUACAACUUUUGGUUCUGGUAUACCUUAUGAUGAUAUAAAGUCAGAAAAUGGCUUUUAGGGGAAUGGACAAUGGAUGCAAAUGUAAAAUUAAUCAUUGUAUUUUCAUGAAAUACUGAAUACAAGUAAUGCUAUCAAAUUUUUGAUAUGUAUCUUUUUACUUAUCAAAACAUAUCCUGUCAAAUCUUUCUCAAUAAGAAAAACAUUGCUUUAAAUUCUGAAUUUAAAAUCAUUUAGCCUAUAUCAAUAUUCUUGGAUGGUGACCUAUUUAUUGUAAAGAAGUUCUAUGAUGUCAUUUAAUGUAAAAUCUUUGUUUUCUAUACAAAACAAAAAGAAUUAUUGAAUAAUUCUCAUAUUCAGUUAUGUUAGAUCAUUAAAUUUUACAGUACAAUCAUGAUGUUUGAUCAUUGGAUUUUACAGUAAAAUCAUGCCAAGUUUUAUUCUGUUAUUUUUUAUUGAAGUUGUAAAUUUUGUUGAUGGUAUUUACUUGAUGUGUUGUUUUACUAUUAUUAUUAUUAUUAUAUUAGAAUGCUUUUCUUUUGAAUCUCAAAUGGUGUGACUUUGAUUGAAAUAAAAGUAUUUAAAUUC